AUGAACGACGUCUUGCGGUUGAAUCACGGUGCAGACGUGUAUGUCGUCCGUUCCUGCCAUAACGAGGACGGCACCGAUCUUCUCGCCUUAGGAGGGGAACAUUCAGUCGAAGUUUACCAGAUAAGCACUGGUACUACGUCGAGGAGACUCGCAACUUUUCACGUUGGCAACAGGGUCACUGCGCUGGCCUGGUCGCCUCGUUCUGUUUCUCCUAGUCGCAGUGACGAAUGGGUAGUCGAGAUUGCGGCGGCUGGGAUUGACUUCGGUCUACACCUCUUGACCAAAAGUUCCUCUUCUGCAGAGACCACGUUUCAAUUUGGGGGUGGCCUCAGUGGUCACCAUGGGAUGGUCAACGAUAUGUGUUUUUGUGGAGGUCGCGACGAAGAUAACAUGCGAUACGUCGCCACUGUUUCGGAUGACAAGAUGCUCAUGGUGUGGGACCUAAUUCCUCCACUGGAUAUCUCUUCUGCGAUGCCUUCGGAGGGAUCGUCUGCCAAUGAUGAUUCGUCCUCGCCCAGUCCUCGUCCUCAACCCACAGCCUAUGCCAUCGCAUUCCCUCACCCUCUAACCACGGUCGAUUCACAUCCUCAUAGUAGUAAAGAGUUUCUUGUGGCAGAUUGUCGUGGCUCUGUGUAUUUAACAGACUGGAGGACCGAUCCAAAUCAAACAGAGCAAGGCACUUGGAGACAUUCCAUCGUUGCUGAGCUUACAGAACCGCGGGCCAUUUCGAAUUCGUUGAUGGGAACGUCAUCGCAGGGAAGCGGGUUCGCAGCCUGGAGACGCGACAGUGCUGAUAUUGUAGGUGUCUCCUGCGGCCCAAGGUUUGCUAUCUGGGAUCUAUCGAAACUUCGUGGAGGCAAGCCUUUGCAUGUCGGAACCAGUUUCCCUGAUGGUGGAUACACCUUCCGGUGGUGUCUGACGAACCCGGACUAUUUUGCAAUCUCUGCUUAUUCAAAUGCAAGAGGAGCCGUCAUUCAUGUCCACAAUGUUGGAUACGUGCACGCACAGCCUAGUGUUAUUAAUAUUGCGCCUCCACCACAUCGCAUCCGUGAUUUCGACUUCAUGGCGGCUUGCGCCCAGCCAGUUUUAGCGGUGGCGCUCGGUCAUGAAGUGGCAAUAUUUGCUAUCGGAAAUGACCGUUAG